AUGGACCCUGUGAAUCCCCUACCGGCGGAAUUUCAAGCAUCUUACGACGAAAGAGACAGAUACCCGCAAAAUCUCCUUCAAAGAAGUAUUAGCACCUACCCAAUUGCACUAUCGAGAUACCUAGAGAGACUGGAUAAGGCCUCAGACGAUCUCUGUGAAAGAGACGUUGAGAAGGUGGACGUAUGCUUCCGAGACCUCAAGACUAAUGAUGGGGCUGGAGAAGGUUUGACAUGGCCAUCUCCCGAGUGCUUGUCGGAUGGGGCGUAUAAACUGACAAAAUUGGCAGACGUGUCGAAGCGAAAUAUUCACUCCCCAACCACUCUUACACAAUGGCUAGGAGUCCGGCAAAUCGGACGUGGGUCGUCGAAUCAGCUACUGGGCGUGGCUAAGAAAGACCCAAAGUGCCGAUUUAUCUACAUCUAUGGCCGCAAUUCGCGCGCGCGUCUCAAUAUCACUCGGUCAAUGUUGACGGAAAUUCUCACCUUUCAUCAGGUAAUGCCGGAUAUCCUGGAGUUCUUGCUUGUUUAUGGACUCCAGAGUGAACCUCGCGAUCUCAGUUUCAGCAGUUUCCGAGAGCAACGUUGUCUGAAGCAGUCCUACGGGAGAUCUUGCAUCAGUAGCCUCGGUCGCUCUGGAAGACAGUACCAAAUAUGCUACAACCUGAAAGGAGUGACGGCCAAAUCCAAAGAUCCCGAGAAUCCAGACUUUUCUAUUCGCCCAGCUGCCUUUUACCAUAAGUUCGACGUCGUAGGCGGAAAUGCCCUUUGGAUUGUUGUCAAGGGAGGGCUAGAUGUACAAGAACGAUUCAAAGAGUUGACAGGGAAUAACGCUCGGCCAGAAGACAAGUCGUUCGGUGAUGCAAUAGAAUGCUUCCGAUCAAGCCUCUCAGCUCAUUUGAUGUUCUGUCGUUGGUCCACAGAAGACUGGAGAGCAUACAUCAAGUGGCUUGAACAGGUUGUUGAUACUGAGGUUAGUCAUAUCUCUGAAGCAUACGACUCAAAGGCUCGCAAGCUCAUGGACACGUCUCAGACCAAGAUGGCUCUGCUGGCGCCAACAACAGGUGGAUAUCACUACACGAUCUACACAGCUGCAGACAUCCAACGUUUUCUGAUAUGGCAGGAGAAGAUCAGCGAGUCUAUCACGGUGCUUGAGUCGAACAUCGAGGUCAUGAAGUCUCUCAUGCGGUUUUAUACAAAAUUGGAUGAGAAUCAAGACUUCGACCUACGCUCAUUUUGCACAGAUGAUAUUGACGAGUUCUGCACACAGCUAUACAACAUGGUCAAUGAUUUCACCCUACAAAUUAGUCGAGCGAAAGCACUAGUGAAGUUAACUGGAGACCGGGGCGAGCUGAUCAAACAACACCGGCUAGAGCGGCUGAAUCACAACAUGGAGAAAGAAGCAAUCUUGGUGAGAAUUGUCACUAUCGUGACCUUAAUUUACCUGCCAGCAACAUUUGUGUCGACCUUUUUCAGUACGGACAUCAUCAAGUAUCAAGAUUCAGAUUCGCCCAAGGGCACUUUCUCGCCGAUUGCAAUGGAACGAUGGCUGCAAGUGACUCUUCCGCUCACCUCUCUGACGCUCUUGGUCGCAUACUACGGAAACAAAUGGGCGGAUAGCAAAUCUCGAGGGAGGAUGCUUCCCACUGCCCGCGUCGUUUCGUCCAGGGACCAGGAGGAGAGCAGCAGCACCGGGGAGUUCGGGCAUACCGGGGCCGGAAUCGGUCCCACAACACCAUUCAUGAGUACGCCGGCACGCCCCACAUGGGUCAAUCGAGCAUGGCGACCUAAGAGCUGGAGGCCACGUUCAAUCCCGCUAGUACCGAUCAAAAGCACUUCCUUUAGUCCGUCUCAAAUCGUGUGA